AUGGACGUCGAUCUCGAAUUCCAUAUCAAAGUGUCCUAUUUUGAAAUUUACAAUGAAAAAAUUCGCGAUUUACUCGACGUUACAAAAAUGAAUCUAGCAAUCCAUGAAGAUAAAAAUCGGGUACCUUAUGUGAAAGGCGUGACGGAACGGUUCGUUUCGAGUCCGGAAGAAGUGAUGGCUUGCAUUGAUGAGGGCAAAAAUAACAGGCAUGUCGCUGUAACAAAUAUGAAUGAGCAUAGUUCGAGGAGUCACAGUGUGUUUCUAAUCCAGGUGAAACAGGAAAAUCCAACAACGCAGAAGAAGCUCGCUGGAAAGUUGUAUCUUGUCGAUCUUGCCGGAAGUGAAAAGGUGAGUAAAACGGGCGCCGAAGGUAUGGUACUGGAAGAAGCGAAAAACAUCAACAAAUCUUUGUCAGCACUUGGCAACGUAAUCGCCGCAUUAGCCGAAGGAGCGAAAGGGCAUGUGCCCUAUCGUGACAGCAAGCUGACUCGCAUUUUACAAGAAUCGCUAGGAGGCAACUCACGCACAACAAUUGUUAUAUGCUGUUCGCCAGCAUCGGUAAACGAGGCAGAAACGAAAAGCACGUUGAUGUUUGGGCAGCGGGCGAAGACAAUCAAGAACGUUGUGGUUGUGAACGAAGAGCUCACUGCCGAGGAAUGGAAACGACGCUACGAGCGCGAGAAAGAUCGGGUGGCCAAGUUGAAACAGCAGUUGUUGGCGGCGGAGGCCGAAUUGACGCGAUGGCGGAAAGGAGACAAGGUGCCGGAAGCAGAAUGGGUCAACUUUUUGGAAGGAGUUGUGGCGAAUUUACAGCUUCCGCCCGGCGCCGAAUGUUAG